CUAUUGGACAGUUGAGAAUGGCAGGGAACAGUGGCGCAGAUCAGCUGAGAAUUCGUGCUAAAAGCCGUCAGUAUGAAGGCUUUGACCGAGAGCACGAGGGCACGUGGCAGGGACCAUUCACGUUUAUCGCCUCGGCCGACCCCCAGUAUGGUCUGAUCGCUCGCUGGAAUAAACCAGGUGCGCUGGACUGGAAGGAAGAGGUGGAGCUGACUCGAAGGGGCGUCGACAAGAUUAAUAAGAUGAAGCCACGCCCACGAUUCGUUGUCAUCCUUGGAGAUAUGCUCGAUGCAAUGCCAGCUCGCCCGGGUCGAGACGAGCAGAAGGCUUCCUUUACGGAAGUAUUCAACAACCUCCAUCCCGAAAUCCCUCUCCUGCUUUUACCGGGAAAUCACGAACUAAGCGACACCCCGUCCAUGGAAGACAUCAAGUUGUACCGGGACACGUUCGGUGAUGACUUCUACGCGUUCUGGGUGGGAGGGGUGCGGUUUAUUGUUCUCAACAGCCAACUGUAUGUGGAUUCGAGUAAAUGUCAAGAGGCAAGGGAUGAACAGGAUUUGUGGCUGAACGAGCAGUUAGCGGACGUCCAGGCAUCUGGAUGUAAACACCUCGUAAUAUUCCAGCACACUCCAUGGUUUAUCAAAAGUCCAGAUGAAGACGAUGGAUAUUUCAACAUACCCAUUACUCACAGGUUGCCCGUUUUGGAGAGAUUCCUCACAGCUGGAGUGCGUAUUAUUUUCUGCGGUCACUACCAUCGCAACGCAGGGGGACUCUACAAAGGUAUGGAGGAAGUGGUGACGUCAGCAUGGGGCAUGCCUACUGGAGAGGACAAAUCUGGCCUGCGCGUUGUCAAGGUCACAGAGGAUUCCAUUUCUCAUCAGUACUACAGCGUUGACGACAUACCCUUUGAAUGCUAAUGAAAAAAGCCAACAAAAAGGCGCAGGCAAAAGUACACAAAACGGUACUUUAGGAAUUGGUUUUUGCGACAUUAAAGGAUUGGAUGUUCGGAUGAAUAUUAUUGACAUUUAGGAACAGAAUAUAAAUUGGCUCAUGCGGUAACACAGUAAUCAAGGUGCAGACUGACAGAAUGCGAGAGGCAAGAGAGGUCACUCUGAUAGAAACAAAGUUGGGAAGGAAAGGGACUACAAAUUCAGAAUCGGGAUGUUGCCGAUGUUACAUGACAUAUACGUCUAUCCGUCGUAUAUUCCAUCAGAAAUCAUGCAUUGUGUUUUCAUGUUAACAGAGAAACACAAGACUUCCGUUUGAGGAUUUCCACUCUAGCGACACAGUACUCAGAAAGGUGAAUACUGGUAGGACCUAUAUAAUAGAAAGUUUUCAUUGAACCACGAACGUCUUCCCAAAAUGCAUUAAUUUCUUUUCAAAAGAAUACAAGUCCAUAAUAAACUCCAGCUCUGAGAGGUGUAUUGUGCAUACAUUUCUGUUCUGUGUGAGCGAAAAGCUACAUUAAGUUUGGCUGGUUUUGCUAUGUUCGAAUUACACUGAGCUGAGGAGUGUUUGCUUAAAUUGCUAAACCUUUUGCUCGUUUAAUCAGCUAAUAAGUGUGGUAUAUGAAAUGUAAAAAGCAAUGUAUUAUCGUUUAGUAAGAAUUCUGCAAUAUAACAAUUCUAUCUACAGUAAUUUUAUUUUGGUUACAUAAUUUUGGUGCCAUCCAAACCCUCUAUCUCAAGGAAUUAAAUUAUACAUGUAUUGGCCCUAAGCUUACCGUUUGAUAUCUGUAUAAAUCCACCGGUUCUGCCCCCACAUUGAGAAUUGUCUGUUAUCCAUAGGUGUGGGAUUACCCUUGCUCUGUCUACAGUGUGUUUAUAUGAUCUACGUUUGAAGUCUGUUUCGAUAAUAUAAAAUACUUUUCGAUGUUAGCUGCCUCAUUUUAAUGAGUCCUUGUUAUCCAAUUGACCGAACUAGGUCCUCCUCCCCCAAGGAUUUCGCCUUCGAUUCCUCAAGUAUUUAGGCUGAGACCAUAAACCUUUUUGAAGCAUGGCCGACACAAAAGGAUGACGCUAUUUGAAGUUGGUAAAUGUUAGAAUGAACACGUUAGUGCCCUCCCACUGUGCCCACCAUGACGAUACCUCAAACAGGCUAAUUGGUUCUCCUGGUAUGCACGGUGAUUUCACUCAGAAUGCAUCCAAACGUUUGACCUCCAUUUUGCCUUGACAAAAUAUCUGACAUUAUAACUUGUCGUAGUUGAUAACAUUAAUCGGUCCAGUGGCGCACCAGGAUUUUUAACACCAAACCGGAAUGUCCCGCGACUAAUUUAUUAACUUCUGUAAGAAUCAGUGAACUUAUUUUUAAAAAGUAUGUUUCAUUUCAUGUCCACGUUCAACAGGCACCCCAACCUUCUCUUUCUAUCUUAAUAAAUUUGUGGAGAGUA